AAAUAUGGUUUUUUUCUUCUUUCAAACUAUGGUCUAUUUUGAGCAUUACAAAUAUGAAUUUCAGUGUGACAUGAACAAUUAUCAUGAUCUUGCAUCAUUAUAGACCAUUUUAUUAUUUUUUGUGUGUGCUAGUGAAGAUUUCUCCUAAUGGUAGGAAUUAAACCCUCAGCACCACCCCUUCCAUUUGGAUGCCAUUGCUGCUAUGAACCUUUGUCUUACAAUGGUGCCCUUCCUUGUGCUCCUUGUGUAGUUGAAGGUCAUAAAGUACUUUUCCCAAGCUUGUUUGUUAUUAAAUAAGUGGUUCUCACAAAAAUCAUGAGGAUUCAGAUCAGAAAAAUCACCUACACGGCUUUGAUCAAGAUGCUGAAACAAUGAUUAAGAAGGUCAAGCAAGCAUUGGCUAAUGGAGAAGGAUGUGGGGUUUAUGGGGUCUUGGAUGUCCAAAGAGUUGCUGGGAACUUCCAUAUCUCAGUUCAUGGGUUGAACAUUUUUGUUGCACAAAUGAUUUUUAAAGGGCCCAUUCAUGUAAAUGUGAGCCAUAUUAUUCAUGAUUUAUCAUUUGGGCCAAAAUAUCCUAGAAUUCACAACCCACUUGAUGAGACUUCAUGGAUUUUGCGUGGUUCAAGUGAAACGUUCAAAUAUUACGUAAAGGUUUGA